ACAAAGUAAAAGUGAUUUUAAAUGAUUUUUGAACAUGAUGAGUUUCCUGGCAAAAAAAGAAUCCGGGAAUAAAGAGGCAACCUUCUGGCGCCGCUGGUGCCGCCUGUGUGCCAAAGAUAAUCCAAGCAACCAGAACGUGUUCGCCAGGGAGGAGAACAAGAACUCCAGGGCAAAUAUGCUAGCCAUGACCAUUGGCAAAUAUUUCUGGGUUGAUAUCAAACAGGAGGAUGAGCUGAGCAAUUAUCUGUGCUCAGAAUGUUUCACUUUAUUGGAUUGUCUCAUUGAAUUUUCGGAGAGAGUUCGCAAAGUGCAAACGCUUUUUAACAAAUUGCAGAUCAUCAAACCGGGUGUUAUUGUAGAUUAUGAAGAACAACGAAGGGUUUGUGGCUUGGUGACCGAUGAUUGGAAGCAUAUGAUGUCUAGAGCAGAAGAUCGGCAUCCUCUGCAGAGAGAUGAAGAAGUUGCUGUAGAUAAAAUGCAAACCGCUGGAAACGAGAAACAAAAUUUAAUUGUACCCAGUUUAGAGGAGGAGUCGUUUUCCAAACAAAAUGAAAAUGAUCUGCAAGUCGCUGAAGAAGAACUGGAAAUCGUUGAAGAAGAGUUACAAAUUGCCAGAGAAGAACUACAUAUCGCUGGAGUGGAGGAGCAAAUCCUCGAAGUAGAUGAACAGCUUGUAGAGGAAGAAGUUGAACCUGUGGAGGUGGAAGUAGAACCCCACGAAUCCUCUGAUAGCUUAGUAGAAGAAGAUCACACACAAGACGACAAUUACAUCGAAGAGUCCCAAAUAAUAGAAGAGAGCCAAGUUGAAGACUUCGAAAUCGAAACCUAUGAAGUUAUCUCUCAGGAUCCUCAAGCCGAAACCUUAAAGCCCAAAAUCGCAGAGGAAAGCAUAGAGUCUGAGAGCGAUCCCCAGGAUGAUCUUUCCGCAGGGCAUCUUAUAGAGGAGGAGGGUGAAAUUCCCGAGGAGCCAGCCAUCUAUAAAUGCAGAAUUUGCAACAAGCCGUACAAGAAACCCAAGGCCUACAAAAGACACAUGGAGGAGGUUCACAACACUGUGGCCAAGGAUCUACCGCAGUUGGAAUGCAACCAGUGUGGAUUAUGUUUUUCUGCAGUUAACCAACUGCAUGCCCACUAUCGCACGCAUUUACCCCCCAAAGUGAAACCGGAUAACUCUUGUCCGCACUGUGAAAAACGUUUCACCACACCGGGAACACUCAAACGACAUAUAGAUGCGGUUCACAAGCAGAUCAAACCCUAUAUCUGUGAUAUUUGCGGAAAGAGUUUUAAUUACGUGACCGGACUUAAGGACCACAAACUGGUUCACACCGAAGAGUGUCCUUUCGAGUGUUCCGUAUGCCAACGGCGCUUCAAAAACAAGGCCAGAUUAAAUAUCCACCUAGAUACGCACAGCGACAAAGGCUACGAUUGUACCAUUUGCGGCGUGAAGCUCAAAACCCGUCGCACAUUCAACAAGCACAAAUUGGUGCACUCUGACGAACGACAAUACAAGUGUGAUGUUUGUGGAUCAACAUUCAAGCGAAGUAAGACGCUGAAGUCUCACCUUAUCCUGCACACCGGCAUUCGGCCGUAUAAGUGCAACUUUUGCGGAAGAGAGUUUUCAAACGGCUCCAACUGCCGAUCGCACAAGCGCCAAGCGCAUCCCAAAGAAUUGGCCGAAGAGGAAGCCCGCGGAGUUUCGCGAUCCACACUACUUCCCAUGCUCGAAGAACUGACCAAAGCGUCCAAGCUCAUAAAAACACCAGCAAAGUCCAGUAAAACGAGAGGAAGUAGGCAAAACGUUUUUCCUAAAAAAGCCAGAAAGUGCAACUGAAUCUCCUGCGAAGGACAACGAUGGUGGCAUCCUCUACGAACUCGUAGAGGAGUUAGACUACACCUAAGUAUUACAAUAAACUUUAUUUAAAAACUA